AUGAACAUUUUAGAUUAUAAAUAAUUUAUUUCUCCAUAAUUCAGAUCAUUGUCACUCUAAGCAAAAAGGAAAAUUAAAAUUAAAAAUAAAGGCAGAUCAAUUAGUUAUCAACCUCAAAAUCAAUUAAAUAUAUUCAACAUGAAAGGAUUGAUUUUUUAAAAGGAUUCAUUAAGAAGAAAAAGUUGUCAUUGUAAUGAGUGUGGAAGUCUAAGUAAAUUCUAGUACAAAUAUAUGAAUCUGAAACAUGUACCAAGUAUGAAAAAGAAAACUUAAAUUUAAUUGAGAGCAGAAAAGAGAAGACAAAGUAAAAUAUUUUUAUUACAUUCAAUUAGCCAAGAACAGUACAUUUUAUAAAUAUCGUUCAAUUAUAUUUGAUUAAGUUCGAAGAAAUAAAGUUGAAUAAUAACAAGCUGAAUCAGUAGAAGCAACUCCUAAAAUAUCUACUGACAUCAAAGAAUCAAUGAAUAAAUUAAAAGAAUAUUUUGAAAAAUAAGAAACUCAAAAAAAAGAGAUUCAAAAUAGGGCUCGAAAUUUCCGCUAUUUCGGCAAUCAAACCCCAAUUUGUUCUCCUAAUCGUUAUAAAUCUCCUAGGAAUAAAGAAUUCAUUCCUUAUCUUAGUUAUAGAAGGAUUGAAUUGAUAAAUCUAAAACCAUUAAAAUUUAGUGAUACUCUCAAAUCAUUUUAAACCCAUAAAAAAACUUUAUCAACUUAAUCUUGA